AUGGAAAGAUGUUGACGACGAGGAGGAAGAGGAAGAGAUGCUGGGGCUAGAAGAUGGGUCAAGGGGCAUGGUGCAGCCCAGGGAAUACACACGGGGCUACGAUGACGCCGACUUUGACACCCGACCGCGGCGUCGAAGAUCGAGAGACGGCAUCGACGCCGAGCCCGUCCCGACGGGCUGGGACACGGCGCAGUGGUUCAGCGGGGCGCAGGAGGCAAAUCAGGGUGGGCUUUAUGAGUGGGCGAGAAGUUUUUACAACACUCUUUUCUGGUACGGAGGAGCGUCGUCCGAGGACGAGGAUGAGCUGCCUGCGAUGAACUUCCAGGACCUGUUGGAGCGCUUCGACCUGCCUGCCGGCGAACAGUCGUCGACAAGACCGCGGCCGAUCGUCCCGCCAGAGGAUCUUGCCGCAGAGCAAGACUUUCUCUGGCAACCAAGUGGCCGAGAGGCCACCGGCGGUGCCACUGCCGCCGCUGAGGGCACGAACCGGAGCCGCUCGAAAGAUAGAGGCUCCACCGUAAGCGGCGGUGCUACGAGGAGCACCAGAAGGCGGGCUAGACGUGAGCGGGAGGAGCGCGAUCUAGACUGGGAAAACGUCGGGCGAGCGGAGCGGGAGAUGCGUGCUGCGGGUGGCAGAGGGAGAAGGGAGGGUAGAGACGACGGGGAUGUGGUGGCAAUAGGACAGCUACGACGAAAACAGAGGCAGUUGGCGGAGAGGGAACACAAGUGCGAGGUGGACCUAGAAAAGGUUCGGGAUCGCCUUGACGUCGUGGAUGCUACGGUGGAGCUGUGGAUGCGCCGAUCGGCGGGCAUGUUGUCGCGAGGGGGUUCCGAGACUGACACGGAUGUGCUUCAGACCAUGAGGCGCGACCAUGUGUGA